GCCAAUACUACCAACCUAAAAAAGAAAAAAACGAAAACUAUGUGAUUAUUUGCAUCUGUUUAUGUUUAUCUUUUAAAUUAAAUUUCAUAAAAUACAAAUACAAUUAAUUAAAGUAAUAAGAAAAAAGAAUCCAUUUAUCAAGUGACAAUGGCCUCUCUACCACCAAGAAGAAAUCCUACGCCUACUAGAAUCUCAAAACAGAAUCUCAGUCCUUUUCAAAUAUUAUUGCAAAUGGGUUUUCCAAAACACAGAGCAGAAAAAGCACUGGCAGCUACAGGAAACCGUGGAGUCCAGCUAGCAUCUGACUGGCUACUAGCCCAUGUAAACGAUCCUCUGUUAGACGAUAAUUCUCCUAGGGAAUAUAUUUUAUAUGCCUGCCCUACGGGGCCUUUCUCAGAACAGCUACAGUCGUUUUGGUCGAAAUCUCUCAGAUUAUGUGAAUGGAAUGGGGCACAUAACUUUACACCUCACAUUACUUUAGUUUCAUUCUUCAAGGCUCCAGAUCAAGACGCUCUACACUUAGCACAAAGCUUAAAAACAGUAAUGGAAAGACAGGGAGCUGUAUUAAAUGAAUCACUCAAAUUGGAAAGCUACACCUCACCUAAUUUUAUGGGCUUUUUUGUAGCGGAAGAGCACGCGGAUUAUCUAAAAAGAAUAGCAAUGCAAUAUGUUAAAGAAGUUUCAAAUGCAAUAAUAAGUGAUACAUAUGAACAAUUUGACGCAUUAACGGCUUGUUUUCCGUGGUGCACUACUACUACGGCCAGGUGUAUUCCAAGAGGAAGCAGAUCCAUAAGUCUAGAGCCUCACGUGAAGUCCCUCCAUUUAACUCUAGCGUAUCAGUUUCCAAACAGCCAGUACCAAAAUUUAAAAGCUUUAGUUGACCAGCUUGAUCCUGCAGUAUCGAGCAAUUGGGAGUUGCGAUUGUACUCUAGAGAUCCUAGAGUUAACGGCAAACAAGUACAUAAGGUUGUUCAUCCGUAUACUCCAACAGAAUGCGACGAGUUGGAGUUGAGGACUGGUGAUUAUGUUUAUUUGAGCAGCGAGGCUUUAAAUAGUUCCCCUGAUGGUUGGGUGGAAGGUACUUCCUGGCUGACAGGGUUGACAGGUUUACUACCAGAAAGUUACACCGAGAGGACGGCUGAAUCUGACGCUUGGACUCUCCAUAAAAAAGCGUCGCUUAACAGUGUGACUCCAGAGCAAGAGAAUAAACUCAACGGCAUGAAUUCAGGUGGAUCCGCAGCCUCGACUUCGAGUAAUGAGCACUCAGUAUUAAACAAUGAAUUAGUCCAAAUGCCACAAAUUCCUAGUCUACCGGUUGUUGAAGGUACUGAUAAGGAGAAUUUUUAUGAGAAUCUUAUCGAUAUGAAGAAACAAGAAGUCCAAGAGGACCAACAUAAUUCAAGAAGAAGCUUGUUUAUAAUGCGUCACGGCGAACGGGUAGAUUUUACGUUUGGCAGCUGGGUCCCCCAUUGCUUCGAUGAGCUUGGGAAUUAUGUUCGGAAGGAUUUGAAUAUGCCGAUUAGUUUACCCGAAAGAAGAGGUGGCUCAACAGCCUAUUUAAAAGACUCCCCUUUAACAAAUGUUGGUGUUUUUGAGGCGAAAUUAGUUGGAGAAGCUUUGAGAGAACAAAAUAUCACUAUCGACCAAGUUUAUUGUUCUCCUUCCUAUAGAUGCCUGCAAACAUGCGAUUCAGUAUUACGAGGCUUUAAUAGACGAGAUGAACUCAAGAUUAAAGUCGAACCAGGCCUGUUCGAAUGGAUGGCCUGGUACCCAGCAGCUAGUGUUCCGACAUGGAUGACCUCAACGGAAUUUAUUAAUGCCGGUUUCAAUAUAGAUGAGAGUUAUGUUCCCUUUGUUGCAGAACAGGAGUUAAAAGAGAGAACGGAAUCUUGCGAACAGUAUUAUAUGAGAAGUGCCUUUGUUACUAGAAGUGUUUUAUCAGACUCAAAUUCCCGAGGGAACAUUCUUCUGAUAGGCCACACAGCCACCCUGGAUACUUGUUCCAGAGAAUUAAUCGGUAAGCCCGCGAGAAAUGGCAACGACAUGGCGAAAAUCAUCCAGAAAGUUCCUUAUUGCUCCAUAAUUGAAGUUACUGGACAAGGCAACGAUUGGCAAAUUGUUGAGCCUCCUUGUAUGCCUCUGACUCACUCUACUAAUCAGCGCUUUGAUUGGAGGGUUUUACUGUAAGCAGCUGUUAGCGGAAAACUUGUUGAUAUUUUGAAACGAAUCGUGUCAAAAUUUUAUCCUAAUGCGCUUUUUUCUGGCACAAAACUUUUUAAAUUCCUAAGAAAAUUCUAUAUUUUUCUCCGAUUGUUAUGAUAGUAUUAUGUAUGCAUUUUGCUCUUUAUUCUAGUUUAAGCAAUAAUUUUUUGUAAUUGUACUUAAUUCCUAAGUUUUAUUUUUUUUACAAUGUUUUUGAAAGCUAUAUUGUGCAAGUGAAAAAAGAACAAAUUUUAAAACUA